UGCCGAGGUGUGGGCGCUGGUGUUAUGGAUGCUGAUGCCGAGGGCGGCGAUGUUAGGAAAGAAAGUUGAGUUGCAGAGCGAACUUCGAAUUUCUUAUAGCUCAGGAUGACGCUAGUGCCGGCUCACUUUGGCGGACUCAGGCAGCUUUCCGCUGUUCACUCAUGACGCAUUGCUGUUGGCAAGCUCUUAGUCCUUUGCACCCCACCAACUCGACCAUCCACUUCACUGCCGACAUGCAUCGCGGCGCUUCGAAGAUGCGCCUCAGCAACAGCAGGAUGGCUCGCGACGACCUCAUCCAAGCUCCACACGAGCACCAUGUCACCGACUGCACUACUACCGUCGAGUCUUACAAGAGUGGAGAGGAGCGCCAGCGACGCGCCGAUGCUGCAAGCGCCUUGUUGGAUCUGUACAGCGGUCGCAAUGUGCCGCGCACGGCUGCUCCGCUGUAUACAGUCACAGCCGCUGGCCCAUUCGCGCUUCCGCCGCUCGAUCUGCUAGGCACGCAGAAGCAUCCGAUCGAUUUGAGUGAAGACGAAGAGACAGAGAGUGUUGCGCCAGCGAUGCCUGUAUCCAAGCUUCCUGCCGGCCAAGAUCUGGCUUCUUGGGACAACGAGUUCUUAAUGGAGAAGCACUCAAUGGCCGAGCUCUUCGACGUCGACCACAUACAUCCAGACGACCUAGGCGGCAAACUGUUUGCAAUCCUGAAGCGCAACCCUCACACCAUGCCAGACGACGAGAUCUACCAGGAGACUCUUCGGUGCUACACCCGCCGCAAUUUGCGAUACCCAAAGAAAGGUGGCAUACGCAAACGCGCUAAACUCGCCAAGAAGUUCUGGGAUGGUGAAGACGCUCCAAAAGCUACAUCCAGCACCGCGCUCGACGUUCCACCACCAUACAAUCCGCCACAGUAUCAGACCCACGCUGCUCCACAGCUCAUGGCGCCGCCACCGACCUAUUCACAGCUUGUAGAAGAGAACAAGAAAUUGACGGCUGAGCUACAGGCCGCCAAGGCACAGCUUGUAGAGGCGCAGGAGGAGUUGGGCAAAUGGCGCGGCAGUUUCAGAGCUUUUUGAUGUACUUUGAUGUGCGAAUUGGCGUGUUUACCUGAGCGAAAUUGCAUAUGGAAGGCGUUCUACAAGCAAGCGGGCCUAAAUGUUGGUUACUCCUGUAGCUGAGAAACUAUGGACAUGCGCCGUUUCUCUAAUCCUACGAAGCCCGUUGUUUCACUUUUGC